ACAAUAGCCAGUCCCUGAGCUGGGUGCCCGGUAGGCCCUCCCCCUGCGUUUGCACAAGGGGCUGUGCCCCAGCUCCAACGCUCAGUUGGGUGGCGAGCCCCGGAAGAGCUGCUGGAGCAAAAGGACAGCUUCUAAGCUGGUCCUCAGCCUCAGACCCUGUGGGGUUUGGGGGUCCACAGAUGGGGAGACCUAGCCGUAUUCCAGUUCUCCUGUGGGCUGCGGGGUGCCGCUUGGCUGGGACCAGCUCCAGGCUAGACAGGUACAUGGGCUAGGAGAGGGUGGUUCCUGUCCAGGAAGUAGGGUGUAGCCAGGAGACCUUGGGACUGGUAGAUACCAAGCUAGGCUUUGGAUCAGAGAACAGAAGGCAGCAUGUCCACCUAAGGCUCAGGCUGGUCUUGGGGUCACAGCGUUCCUCCCUACCUUGAACCUGAGAAAGUCCUCAAGGAGGCUGGCAAGUGCCUGGGGGGAGGGUCAUGGGUCCCCAGGGCAGGCCCGUGGGAGCUGGUGGGCAGGAAAGACGACAAGCCAGAAUGACAGGCCGUUGGUUCUAGGCUGUAGGACACCAGGGCCAGGCAAACGGCCGUUUACCUGGAAAUGGUUGGCCAAGGAGCCAGACUUAGGGCAGGCAGGUCAUCCUGACAGGCCUGAAACUGCCAAGGGUCACCCCAAGGUGGUCCUGUGGUGUGCCAGAGUGGGAGAGGUGGCUUACUGACAGGUGGCCAUUAGGCACAUGGUGACCAGAUAGAUGGUGUAAGGAGUAUGGACAGUCUAUAGGGGUUGUGAGCUAGGGACAGCUUCAGGGAACUGUAGAUGUUCACAAGACCCCAGAUGGUCAGACCCCAAAAGCCAUACAGACCUUCCAGGAACUGGCCUCUGGCACUGUGUGGCUCCAAUGGCGGCCUCCCAGCUGGCUGCCCUGGAGGGAGAGGGGUUGCAGGCUGGUGAGCCAGCCCUGAAGAAGGCCAGCCCUGGCCUGUAUUCUGAGGGCCAGCGCCUAGCCCUGGAAGCACUGCUGAGCAGCGGGGAAGAGGCCUUCCGGGCCUGCGUGCAGCAGGAGAGGCUGCCUCCGUUCCUGAGUGCAGAGGAGGCUCGGGCCCUGGCUGCAAAUGCGGAAGACUGGACAGUACCAAGCCAGGAGCCAUGUGGAGCAGACACAGGGACUAUUGGCGAUGGGACUAUCGGCAGCCUGACCUACUGGCCGGGGCAGUCUGAGGAGCCGGCACCCCUGCUGCGGCUGGGCUGGCCUGAGGAUACCGCCUGGAAGGGUAUCACCCGAGCUCAGCUCUACACCCAGCCACCAGGCGAGGGCCAGCCACCUAUUAAAGAGUUGGUGCGCCAGGAGAUCCAGGCUGCUGGCAAGCUGGUGGCCGUAGUCAUGGAUGUCUUCACCGACCCUGACCUGCUCACAGACGUGGUGGAUGCUGCCACACGCCGCUGGGUACCUGUCUAUUUACUGCUAGACCUGGAGAAUCUGCCCGCAUUCUUGGCACUAGCCCAGCAGCUAGGGGUGAACCCCUGGACCACUGAGAACCUGGACAUCCGGACUGUGCAGGGACACACCUUCCAGAGCAGCAGGCGGCGGCAGGUGAGCGGCCGUGUGCGGGAGAAGUUCCUGCUGCUGGAUGGUGACAGGGUCAUCUCAGGAUCCUACAGCUUCACGUGGAGUGACUCGCGCCUGCACCGGGGCCUGGUGACCCUGCUCACGGGUGAGAUUGCAGAUGCCUUUAGCCAGGAGUUCCGGGUGCUGUAUGCCGCCUCCCGGCCGCUGCCGCCAGCUCCAGCUCGAAGCCCCUUGUCCGGCCCUUCUGAGGGCCCACAGCUGCCCCGAAGCCCGCACCGCGUGGCCCUGCGCUGCCCUGUGGCCCCCGUGGCCCCACUGCUGGCUGACCGGCCUUUGGCCCACCGCUUGGCUGCCUGUCACAUCCUUGAGGGGGACAGACGGGAGACCCCCACCACCACAGGGCCAGCUCUCAGUGACAUCUUGAGGAGUGUACAGAGAGCAAGGACAGCCAGCGGGCCCCCAACCAGGCCCAGCCGUUCCCUGUGGGACCUCAGCCGCCUGUCGCAGCUCUCUGGCUCCAGUGAUGGUGACAAUGAGCUCAGGAAGCCCUGGGGCUCCAAGGACACGCCAGCCAGAGCCCUGAUGAGGCAGCGGGGCACGGGAGGGGGGCCCAGGGGUGACAUGGAGUCCCACCCACUAGCCGGGUCACAGCCCUGGGGGGGGGCCCUCCCCGCGACUCCAGUACGCCGCCUGCACUACCUCUCCCCAGCCCAAAGGAGGCUGGGAGAUAAUGCCACAUCGGACUGGGCCUCUGGCUCCAGCCCUGGAAGGCGACGCUGAUGGGCGUGCUGGCCAGGUGUGACUGCAGCGGAGCGUCAGCUCAGAGCCCCUACCCAACACUGGCUGUGGCUGAGGACGCGGGCCCGGGACCUGGGCAGGGGAAGAGAUUGGUCUUAAUUGCUCUAGAAUUGAGCGAAGGACUCAGUGUCACCAUCUGGGAAAUGGGCAGAAGGUUCCAGAGCAGCAGUUAUUCACCAGACAGGACUGCUUCAGAGACGGGCCCGGCUGCCCAUCCAUGUGCACAGAGACCGUGGGGCGACCCCAGAGGAGAAGCACACCCACCUGUGUGUGGGCAGGGGGUAGGGUGAGUCCGGGAGAGGAGCGCUAGCUGCGAUGGAGGGGAAGGGGGUAAACAAGGGACACCGAGACACUGGGGCAGGCCUGGGAUGUUUGUGGGAACACCAGAGGCCUCCCUCUGUCUCUGCUCAGAUUAAACUCUGACAACACAGA